GUAAAGGGUACACAAAACAGUUUUAGUUUUCCCUGAAAUUUAUUAAAUGAAAAAAAGAAUAGCUACCAAUUGAAUACUGGUUGAUCAUUAAAAGUAAUAAAAUAAUUAAAACGAUUGUUGUCAACUUCAUACAAUUUAACAAUGGCUGGCGAAAGAAAAGGAACAUUCAAAGUUGAAUUUCUUCAAAAAAUCGAGAAGGAAAUUCAAGAAAGAUGGGAGAAAGAAAAGAUCCACGAUUCGAAUGCACCAGUGGCUCCAAAAAAAUCUUUAGACGAAAAGUAUUUCGUCACUUUUCCUUAUCCUUACAUGAAUGGGCGUCUUCAUUUGGGACAUACAUUUUCUUUAUCAAAAGCUGAAUUUUCAGUUCGUUAUCAUCGGAUGAAAGGAAAGAACGUUUUGUUCCCUCUCGGCUUUCAUUGCACUGGAAUGCCAAUCAAAGCUUGUGCUGAUAAAUUAAAGCGAGAAAUUGAGAGCUUUGGAUUGCCUCCUGUUUUUCCACUUGAACAAGAAGAAUCAGUUGUUGAAAUUGAACGAGAUGUCAUUCCAAAAGACAAAAGUAAGGGAAAGAAGUCAAAAGCUGUAGCAAAAGCAGGUUCAGCAAAAUAUCAAUGGCAAAUCAUGAAAUCGCUUGGACUUAAAGACGAAGAAAUAUCAAAGUUUGCAGAUUCACGCCAUUGGUUGGAAUAUUUUCCACCACUUGCUAUUAAAGAUUUAAAAAACUACGGAGCACAUAUUGAUUUCCGUCGAACUUUCGUAACAACUGAUGUGAACCCAUUUUAUGAUUCUUUUGUUCGUUGGCAGUUUGAACUUCUUAAAGAACGUGGCAAGAUCAUGUAUGGAAAGAGACACACAAUCUUCUCACCGAAAGAUGGCCAACCCUGUAUGGAUCACGACAGAUCAUCAGGUGAAGGCGUUGGACCGCAAGAAUAUACUUUAGUGAAGAUGAAACUAAUCGGCAAAGCACCAGAAAAAUUGUCUAAAGUUAAAUCAGUGAUUUAUCUUGUUGCUGCAACACUUCGCCCUGAAACAAUGUAUGGACAAACAAAUUGUUGGCUUCAUCCUGACAUCAAAUAUAUUGCUUUUGAAACAACGGAGAAUAAUGAAGUCUGGAUAGCGACACGACGAGCAGCUCGUAAUAUGUCGUAUCAAGGAUUUAUGAAAGUGAAUGGUGAAGUAAAUGUUAUUGCUGAACUAAGUGGAAUGGAACUUAUGGGACUUCAAUUAACAGCACCACUUACAUCAAAUAAAAUUAUUUAUACACUUCCAAUGUUGACAAUAAAAGAAGAUAAAGGAACUGGCGUUGUAACUUGCGUUCCUUCUGAUUCACCUGAUGAUUAUGCAGCACUUACUGAUCUACAGAAGAAGCAGCCAUUCCGCGAGAAAUAUGGAAUCACUGAUGAAAUGGUUUUACCUUAUAAACCAAUUCCAAUCAUUGAUGUUCCAGGAUUGGGUAAUCUUAGUGCUGUUACGGUAUGUGAAAAGCUUAAAGUUCAAUCACAAAAUGACCGCGAUAAGUUAACUGAAGCAAAGGAACUUGUUUACUUAAAAGGAUUCUAUGAUGGCAUUCUUUUAGUUGGUGAGUUCGCAGGAAAGAAAGUUCAAGAUGUUAAAAAAGAUUUACGUAAAUAUCUUGUCGAUCGAAAUGAAGCUGACACUUACUAUGAGCCAGAAAAGUUGAUUAUGUCGCGAUCAGCUGAUGAAUGUGUCGUUGCACUUUGUGAUCAAUGGUACAUUAAUUACGGCGAAAAGAAAUGGCUGGGAAAGACUCAAAAAUUGUUAAAGAGCAUGGAAACUUAUCAUGAAGAAGCGAGACGAAAUUUUGAGUAUUGUCUUGAUUGGCUUCAUGAAUAUGCUUGUUCACGAACGUAUGGAUUAGGAACGAAGCUUCCAUGGGAUAAGCAGUGGCUGAUUGAAUCUCUUUCUGACUCCACAAUCUACAUGGCUUUUUACACUGUCGCAUAUUUACUCCAAGGUGGUGGCUUUCGCGAUGAAAAGUCGAGUCCUUUAGGAAUUAAAGCAGGCAUGAUGACAAACGACGUUUGGAAUUUUAUUUUCUUUUCUGACGCUAAAUAUCCAUCAAAUUGUAGAAUUAAAAAGAAUGAUUUGGAAAGUUUGAAACGAGAAUUCAACUAUUGGUAUCCAUUGGAUCUUCGUGUGUCUGGGAAAGAUUUAAUUAAUAAUCACUUGACAUUUAUGUUGUAUAAUCACACAGCUGUUUGGGAUAAGGAACCGAAUCAAUUGCCACGAAGUGUUCGAGCAAACGGUCAUUUAUUACUUAACUCAGCUAAAAUGUCAAAGUCUGAUGGAAACUUUUUGACGCUUUAUGAAGCUGUUGAAAAGUUCUCAGCUGAUGGAACUCGUCUUUGUCUUGCUGAUUCUGGUGAUUCAAUUGAAGAUGCAAACUUUGUUGAAACAACAGCUGAUGCUGGAAUUUUGAGAUUGUAUACAUUCAUUGAGUGGGUAAAAGAAAUGAUAACUGGACGAUUAUUGCUUCGAACUGGAACGAAAAAUUCAUUUUAUGAUCGUGUCUUUAUUAGCUCAAUGAAUUAUUACGUCAAAGCGACUGACGAUUACUACAACAAAAUGUUGUUCAAAGAAGCUUUACGAACGGGUUUGUUUGAGUUUCAAAAGGCUCGCGACACUUAUCGUGAACUUUGCGGUGGAAACAACAUGCAUGUUGAUCUUGUCUUUGAAUUUAUCGAAAAACAAGCUUUGUUGAUGGCUCCAAUUUGUCCACACAUUGCUGAACAUAUUUGGGAGUUACUCGAGAAGAAAGGAAGCAUUGUAAAAGCAAAUUUCCCAGUUGCUGGUGAAAUUGAUGAGAAAUUAAUUAAAUACUCGGAAUAUUUAAUGGAGACUGCUCAUGUCUUCCGUUUGACAUACAAGAAAAUGAUGAUUGCUAAGAAUGCACAGAAGCCAACAAAUGGUUGCAUUUGGAUUGCAAAGACUUUUCCACCAUGGCAAAGUUGUGUUCUCGAUACGAUGCGUGAUCUUUAUGAGAAAAACAAUUCGGCACUGCCAGAUAACAAACUUAUUUCAGUAGAGUUGGGGAAGAAGGAAAUUCUUAAGAAACACAUGAAGAAAGUUAUGCCAUUUGUAGCAAAGAUUCGUGAAGAUGUUGGAAAAUUGGGAAAAGCAGCAAUGGCUGUCACUGUUGAUUUUGAUGAGAAAAAUAUUCUGGAAGUGAAUCUUGAAUAUUUGAAAGGAACUUUAGAUUUGGAGUGUCUUGAAAUUCGUUUCACUGACGAUUCAACAGCUACCGAAAAGACGAAAGAAGAAGUCACGCCAGGUAAUCCUUUCAUCAUUUACACGGUGAAGCCUUCGAUCAAAAUCAAUGUAGAGAAUCCAGUGCCGCGUUCUGGAAUGUUUACGCAAUUUCUAAACGUUUCUGAUGGCGACACGACAACAUUUUUGAAGCAAAAACUUGCGAAAAAUCUUGGCUUGAAAGAAAUCGAUCCAAUUCAAGUGUGGAGGUAUAAAGAUCCAGUUUUGGGACCACGAAAGAUUCCAAUUUUCAAUGACUUUAAAACUGGAAAAGUUCAGUUGGAAGAGGGAACAUUAUCAAUUGAUAUGAAGACUGAUACUGUCUUUGUAACAAAAGAAAAUGGCGACAAAAUUACUGCUGGCUCAAGUUUUAUUUAUGUGGUGGCAUGACAGGAAAGACGAGUAAUCGCAACAACACGUUUUCAUGUUUAAUUAAUAUUCUUUUUUAUUCAUUAUUAAAUAAAAUAUAAAAUUUGAAAAUAUUUUAACUUUUUUUGCUAAGCAACUUUGUUCAUAUUUUCUGAAAAAAUCAAAAUUAUGUCAAUUCCUAGGAGGUUUAUACAACUUGAAUAUUGAGCUUCAUCCAUGCAACAUCCGUUGCGAAAACAAACAUAGUUUAACACUUAGCUCUAAAAUCAGCAUUUUCAAUUCAAAUUGAGUGCUUUAAAAUGUCAUGCAAAAGUUUUAUAUGCUGAGAGUAUUUCAAGAUUGCAGACCGAAGCAAGAACAAUAAUUUUGCAGAUCUGCAUAUCAAAUUUGUUAAAAGGCAACAAACAAAACUCUUUAAUAAAGGAAAAAGAAUCCCAUAUCAGUUUUCUUAUAUAAUCUUUUGACGACGAUGUGAUCAACAGUGAUUGUCAAAAGCAUUUUAUCUUCAAAGAAUUCUCUUACAGUCACAAUCUUUCGAUGGCCCUCCUGGUUUUGAAUGAUUUUAUUGCCUUCUAUUCUUACUUUUAUUUUGGAAAAUCCAUUUCCAGAUACAAACUCGUAGU